AGUCUACUGGGAACUACCUUCAAUCGAUUGCGAAAUUGCAGUUGCAAACCAAAAAGCUCUUCCAUGGCGCGAACAUUUCCUACAGUUUGGCCAUCGACAUGGAGUUGACGAGUGCUGGGAUUGUGCUCCAAAUUCUGGGGCUUCUGCAGAUGCAGCUUAGUGCGUGGCCCGUCGAAAAGUCGCUGCAUGAGCCGUUGGUCGGGAAGAUAACCGAUGCGCUGCACCGGAUCCGAGUGAACACUUGUGCCGCGCACAAUCUGAGUGCUUUCGUCAGCACCGACUACGAGCACUUGGGCGGCAAGGAGGCGAAUCUGGUGCGCUGCAUCCUCGACCACAGCCUGAGCCGGGAGGAGCUGGUGCCCGUGGUGCUGGCGUCGAAGCUUAGCCCCGAGCUGAGUGUUCGAGUGCGCCUGCAGCUGCUUUUUGUCCAGAGUCCAGAGCAGGCAAUAGCCGCCUGUUCCGCCUUGCAGAUUAAGGGCAUGUACCUGAUUGUGUGGCUGACAUCGCAGCCAGAUGUGAGCGUACAGCGGCGCAGCAUGUCCCUGAUCUUUGGUCACUUUCUGCAUCGCCUGUACAACUUGCAAGUGCUGCUCCUGCUGGCCCACAUGGAGCGAUCAACGCUAACGGAAUAUGCCUUUCUGCCGUACACAUCCGGCAGCUGUGCCAACACCGAGCCCGUGGAAUUGCCCCAACGGCAGUGGCGACUGCGUGAGAUGUUCCCCUAUCGAUUGGGCAACCUGCAUGGCUGUCCGCUGAGCGUGAUUGUGUGGCCGAUAGCGCCGUACAUGAACCUACGCUGGGAGCGGCAUCGGGUGGAGGAUCAGAUCGAUGGCCUGGACGGGCUGCUGCUCCGGAUACUGGCGACCAGAAUGAAUUUCACCCUCCAGCUGAUGCCCAACGUGCCGAGCGAUCUGAUUGGUGGCUACAGCUACCCGAAUGGCACCAUGACGGGUGCCUAUCGCAUGCUCCAGGAUCGUCGGGCGAAUCUCACACUGGGCUCGGCCGCCUGCACGCCGGAGCGGCAGGCCCACCUCACCGCCACGUGGCCGUACAGUCAGAUCGCCUAUGUGAUUGUGCUGAAGCCGCGCGGCAGGUACAGCAACUACGAGAUCAUGCUGUUCCCCUUCGAGCCGUACACUUGGCUGCUGCUUGGCGGCCUGGCCAUUGUCCAUCGAUGCCUGACGCUGAGGCGCUGGGGCCGAGUGCCCGCUCCGUUUCUGGCCGGCUGGCUGCUCUGGAGCUUCGUGGUGCGCGCCUGCUACGAGGGAUCCGUCUUCAACUUUCUGCACAACUCACCGUCCAAGCCCAUGCCGCACACCUUGGAGGAGAUGCUGGCCGCCGGCUAUGGUUUCAUCACGGAUCAUGCCACCUACCGCAUGACGCUGAAGCUGCCGCCGUUCCAGGGUCGCAUAAAGAUCAGAGAGGGCCAGCCGGUGGACAUAUUCGAUGCACUGCUCGAAGAGCCUCCGCUCACGGGCGCCUUCACCAGCAUCACCUUUCUGGCCCACCAUCUCACGCAGCACAAGGAGCGGCGCCACCGGUUCGUCAUUCUCGCCGAGAAGAUCCUGGACAAUAUGCUGUGCAUGUACUUUCCGCGCGACUCCUACUUCUUGGACAUCAUCAAUCAUUUGCUGUUCCGCAUGCGCAGCUUCGGCCUGUUCCAGCACCACGCACAGCGCCUGGCCUGGGCCAAUCUGCCCACCACAACGGAUGGCAGGGGUACGCGCAAAAGGCGCCAAUUGUCGGAUGUGGAUGCGAGGGUGGGAUUUGCCGAGUCCAUGGGUUUCAUUGUGGCCGCCUUAAACUGUCUGUGCGGCGCCUUGGCUGUGGGCGUUUGUGUGUUUGCCUUGGAGCUGCUCAGCCAGCGGCCACGCUGGCAUCGAUUGGCCUUGUUAAUCGAGAGGUUUUAACCCAAUAUUUAACUCAAUAUAUUAAUAAA